UUCGUCUCUCUGUCUCGUCGUCUUCCUCGCCUUUUCCAUCUAAUCAACCGAGCUUUUCUUCGUCAUCGUGCCUUACAAGUCAAGUUCACUGCCCACCCACUAUUCCUCACUGCAAUUCGAGACCUGGGUCGCCGCUCCCUCCUGCCCCCCCACAACUGACGCGCCGCGCUUCCGGCUCCCGAUCUCCGGCGACGUUCCCUCCGAUCCCCCACCCGACCAGCCUCGCCGGCGCGAUGGACGCCGAUUACCUGGGCCUGUUCACGGCGGAGACAUCCCUGUACAACCGCAUUGUCCUGGGCAGCCUCCUGCCGGCGUCGGCGUGGGAGCCGAUGCCCCGGUUCCUCCAGACCUGGAUCCGCAACUUCAUCGGCGGAUCCCUUGUUUACUUCCUCUCCGGCUUCUUGUGGUGCUCCUACAUCUAUUACCUCAAGCGCAAUGUUUACGUCCCUAAGGAUGAGAUUCCUACGAAGAAGGCAAUGCUGUUGCAAAUAUAUGUUGCGAUGAAGGCAAUGCCAUGGUACUCUGCUCUUCCAUCACUUUCUGAAUACAUGGUUGAAAAUGGAUGGACGAAAUGCUAUUCAAGAAUAAGCGAUGUUGGUUGGCUUGCAUACCUUGUGUACAUGUCAAUUUAUCUUGUACUGGUGGAGUUUGGGAUAUAUUGGAUGCACAGGGAGCUGCAUGACAUUAAACCUCUUUACAAGCAUCUCCACGCAACACAUCACAUCUACAAUAAGCAGAACACACUUUCUCCUUUUGCUGGCUUGGCAUUUCAUCCUCUAGAUGGGAUACUGCAGGCAGUGCCACAUGUUAUGGCACUAUUCCUUGUGCCAACCCAUUUUACAACGCACAUCGCUCUCCUAUUUCUAGAGGCGAUAUGGACAGCAAAUAUCCAUGACUGCAUCCAUGGUAAGCUUUGGCCUGUAAUGGGUGCUGGUUAUCACACUAUCCACCAUACCACAUAUCGCCAUAAUUAUGGCCACUACACCAUCUGGAUGGACUGGAUGUUUGGAACACUCCAAGACCCCAUAGAUGAUGGAUCCAAGAAGGUGAUGUGAAUUAUGAAGGGCUUUGUGCCAAUUGUUGUCUAAAUUCUUGUUUGACUUGGGUACUUGAAUUUUCAUUUGCGUUGCUUCCUAAUUGUGGCACUUGCUUGUAAAUGAUGUUGCCUGUUAAGAUGGUCCGGUAUCCUGGACUAGGAAAUACUUUUAAAGUAGAAGAGAAGAUUUAUACUACAAA